AUGGCGGUGGAACGUCUCGGCUCGAUCCUCAAGCACCUGUCCCCAGGUAGCUCGCUCUCCCAGAUAACCUCCAAAAACCAGGAUGAUAUCGUCAUCACCCUCGCCAUCCGCACGCCCCUGGCAAAGGCGAGGAAGGGCGGAUUCAAGGACACGAGCCUCGAGUACAUGACUUAUGCGCUGCUCAAAGAGGUCCGCGAGCGCAGCAAGCUGGAACCGGGUCUCGUCGAAGAUAUCUGCCUCGGGAAUGUCUCGGAUAGCAAAGCUGCCUACAAACUCCGCGCUGCCGCCCUCGCCGCCGGCUUCCCCAACACCGCGAGCUGCUCCAGCCUCAACCGUUUCUGUUCGUCCGGCCUCAAGGCAGUCGCCGACAUUUCCCACGCCAUCAGCAGCGGGUCGAUCGAGAUCGGCAUCGCGAUGGGCGCCGAGCAGAUGACGAUUGGAGGAGACGCGCUGGAGAAACCAUUCGACGAGAAGGUGACCAGCCAGUCGCAAGAGUCGGCCGACUGCAUGCAGCCGAUGGGCUGGACCAGCGAAAAUGUCAGCCGCGACUUCAACAUCACGCGCGAAGAGAUGGACAAGUAUGCGGCCGAGAGCUUCCGGCGCGCUGAGCAGGCGCAAAAGGACGGGUUGUUCGACGACGAGAUUGUACCGAUCAAGACGAGCAUUGAGAACCCCGACAAGACGUGGAAGGAGGUCACGCUCACCAAGGACGAGGGCAUCCGGCCCGGCACCACCGCCGAGGGCCUGGGCAAGAUCCGGGCUGCGUUCCCGCAAUGGGGGCCAACCACGACCGGUGGCAACGCCAGCCAGGUCACUGACGGAGCCGCCGCUGUUCUGUUGAUGAAGCGGUCAACAGCCAUCAAGCUAGGCCAGCCCAUCCUCGCCAAGUACGUCGGCUCGACGACAGCGGGCCUCGCCCCGCGCAUCAUGGGCAUCGGCCCGACCCUUGCCAUCCCGAAGCUGCUCGCCCAGCACAACAUUUCGUUGGCCGACAUCGACGUCAUCGAGGUCAACGAGGCCUUUGCCAGCAUGGCCGUCUACUGCCGCGACACGCUCGGGUUGGACUGGGCCAAGAUGAACCCCCGUGGCGGCGCUAUUGCGUUGGGCCACCCCCUGGGCGCCACUGGUGCGAGGCAGAUUGUCACAGGUUUGAGCGAGUGCCGGCGGACGGGGAAGAAGCUUCUAUUGACGAGCAUGUGCGUUGGUACGGGAAUGGGUAUGGCGGGGUUGUUUGUGAAUGAGCAAUGA